UGUCCCAAGAACCUACUCACAAAACAGUGGGGAGCCAGGAAUGUUACCGCUGUGGUAAGACAGGUCACCAUGCCGCAGAAUGCUGGUGUAAGAACCUAGUGUGUCGACAGUGUGGAAAAAAAGGACACAUUGAGCGUGCCUGUAAACAAAAGAAAAAGAGGCCUGUGGCCUGGCGGAACAAAAAGGAAAAUCUGCAUCCCAUCGAGCAGAUGCCUGAUGAUCAAAGCGACACCUUGUCUGAAGAAGAAGUGCCCUGCUGUGUUUUGUCUUUGAAAGGGGGCUCCCAUGAAUACUGGGUAACCCCACUGUUGGAUGGCAAACCGGUACGCAUGGAAGUGGACUCUGGUGCAGCAGUUUCAUUGGUCUCAGACUCGGUGUAUAAGGAAGAGUUGAAGCAUCUUCCACUUAAGGCAACAAAGAUCAUUCUGAAGACAUAUACAGGAGAAGCAGUACCCCUAUUGGGCACUACUGAUGUUAAGGUGGAACUAAAUGGACGGACUGCAGAAUUACCACUGUUUGUGGUGAAAGGCCAUUACCCAGCCUUAAUGGGGAGAUCAUGGCUUAGGAAGAUCCCACUGGACUGGGCAGAAGUGCACCGGAUGACUGAAGAAGAAACAGGCCUGACUGAUAUAUUAAAGAGACAUGCUGCUGUUUUUGGAGAGGAUCUGGGAAGUAUGAGGGGAAUCACCGUGAAACUGAACAUUAAACCUGGUAGCCAACCAAAAUAUCUGAAGGCCAGAAAUGUGCCAUAUGCGAUCAGGCCAAAAGUUGAAGCAGACCUGGAGCACCUAGUCAAAAAUGGAGUCCUAAUACCAGUUACCCAUAGUCCAUGGGCAACUCCAAUAGUUCCGAUAUUGAAGAAAGAUGGUUCUAUUUGGAUUUGUGGGGAUUUUAAGGUCACUGUUAACCCUGUUUUAUGUGCAGAGCAAUACCCCUUCCUCGCAUCCAUGACAUCUUUGCGGGCCUGGCUGGGGGACAAAGCCUUGUUCCAGAGAGCUAUGGAGCAGACCUUGUGUGGCUUGCCAGGAGUUCAGUGCUAUCUUGACGACAUCCUGGCCACGGGUGGGAAUGAGGAGGAUCACCUUAAGAACUUGAGGCGUUCUACCCUCAUUUCAUAG